CAACUCACCUAAAGUUACGUAUUUGCGCUAUGGCAGCGCCACGCCAGCCAUUGAGAGCCGCUAGAGGCGCUACAGCUAGCACAUAAGGUUCCUUUUCUUUUCAUCAUGGCGGACGUCAAGAAAACCCCUGCAAAAACAGCUGUCAAAAAGACCAAGAAGGAGCCAAAAGAUGCUGCGAAGAAUGUAAUGCGAGAAGUCAGGAUUCGUAAACUCUGCCUAAAUAUCUGUGUUGGAGAGUCCGGUGAUAGACUUACUCGUGCAGCCAAAGUGUUGGAGCAACUGACUGGCCAACAACCCGUUUUUUCAAAAGCACGUUACACAGUUCGGUCUUUUGGAAUCCGUCGCAAUGAAAAAAUCGCUGUCCAUUGCACUGUCCGAGGUGCUAAAGCCGAAGAAAUCUUGGAAAGAGGAUUAAAGGUUAGAGAAUACGAGUUGCGUAAAGAAAACUUCUCUGGCACGGGUAAUUUUGGAUUUGGUAUCCAGGAACACAUUGACUUGGGAAUCAAAUAUGACCCAAGCAUUGGUAUAUAUGGUUUAGACUUCUAUGUUGUCCUUGGUCGUCCAGGAUUCAAUGUUGCACACAGGAGAAGGAAAACUGGUAAAGUUGGUUUCCAGCACAGGUUAACAAAAGAGGAUGCCAUGAAAUGGUUUCAACAGAAAUAUGACGGUAUCAUUUUAGCUGGUAAAAAGUAAUUUACAUAUUUUAUGUAUUUUACUACAAAAGUUUAUUAAUAAAAACAAAAAAAGCAUCAGUUCAGGUAAAUUAGUUUAUUAUUUGUUGUUGACUAUCUACAAAACAAAAUGUUUACAGUAUUUAUAGAUUUUAAAAAGUAAA